AUGACGUCGCGCGCGGGGACAAAAGCGAAAACGCGCGCGACGCGACGGUCUGGAAUGCGCGUCGAGGCGAAGGAUUACCCGAAACCGGAUAACAUCGAUAAGACGGAUAACUAUCGCAUCGCCAGUGAGCUGUCGAAGCGAUUCGCGACGGAUCUGAAGGCGAAUGGGACGGAGAAGAAGCGAGUCGCCAUCGUCGGCGGCGGGUUGAGCGGGUUGGCGUGCGCGAAGUAUCUCGCUGAGGCUGGGCACGAACCGAUCGUGUUGGAGGCGAGAGAUGUGUUGGGCGGGAAGGUGAGCGCGUGGCAAGAUAAGGAUGGGGAUUGGAUCGAAACUGGGUUGCACAUCUUCUUCGGCGCGUACCCGAACAUGAUGAACUUGUUCAACGAGUUGAAGAUUGAGGAUAGGUUACAGUGGAAGGUGCACAAGAUGAUCUUCGCCAUGCAAGAGCUUCCGGGAGAGUUCACGUCGUUCGAUUUCAUUAAGGGGAUCCCUGCGCCGUUCAACUUUGGUUUGGCGAUUCUCAUGAAUCAAAAAAUGUUGAGUUUGCCUGAAAAGUUGCAGACGGCGCCGCCGCUGUUGCCCAUGUUGAUUGAAGGGCAAGACUUCAUCGACAAGCAAGACGAACUCAGCGUGCAAGACUUCAUGCGCAAGUAUGGUAUGCCCGAGCGCAUCAAUGAGGAGGUGUUCAUUUCCAUGGCCAAGGCUUUGGAUUUCAUUGACCCGGAUAAGCUUUCGAUGACCGUCGUGUUGACGGCGAUGAACCGAUUCUUGAACGAAACGGACGGAUUGCAAAUGGCAUUCUUGGACGGUAACCAGCCCGAUCGACUGUGCGCACCCAUGGUGGACUCUAUCGAGAAGAAUGGUGGCUCCGUCAAGACGAAGCAGCGACUCAAGGAGUUCGUGCUCAACGAAGACGGUUCGGUGAAGCACCUGGCCAUGGCCAACGGCGACAUCAUCGAAGCUGACGAGUACAUUUCCGCCAUGCCCGUGGACGUCAUCAAGCGCAUGAUGCCCAAGCCAUGGGCUGAAAUGCCGCACUUUGCGCAGCUCAAGGAGCUCGAGGGUAUCCCGGUGAUUAACAUUCACCUUUGGUUUGAUCGCAAGUUGAAAAACGUCGAUCACUUGUGCUUCUCGCGCUCGCCGUUGCUCUCCGUCUACGCCGACAUGAGCACGACGUGCAAGGAGUACUACGACGAAGAGAAGUCCAUGCUUGAACUCGUUUUCGCGCCGUGCUCGCCGAUUGCGGGCGGCAAGACGAACUGGAUCGCGAAGAGCAACCAAGAAAUCGUCGACGCCACCAUGUUGGAGCUCGAACGCUUGUUCCCGCUGGAGAUUGGCCCGAAAUCCCCCGAUGGCGUCGGCGCCAAGCUGCUCAAGCACGCUGUCGUGAAGACGCCGCGCUCCGUGUACGCCGCUAUCCCGGGCCGCAACAAGUUCCGCCCGUCUCAAGAAACCCCGAUCAAGAACUUCACCUUGGCGGGCGACUACACGUCGCAAAAGUUCUUGGGUUCCAUGGAGGGUGCGGUGUUGGGCGGUAAGCUCGCCGCCGAAGUUGUCGCGUCGCGCGCAAAGGGAAUGAAGACGCAAGGCUUGAAGGCGGUUCAAAAGAGUAUCAUCGACUCCAUCGGUCCGGCGAAGGAACCGCUCGGCGUCGUUGGCGAAUCUGAAUUCGCGUUCGGCGGCGGCAAGGUCAUGGAGGACGCCGACGAAGCCGAACUCGCGAAUUUUGAUGCUGAGCAGUUGACUAAGCUUGACGGUUGGACGGGCUCUAAGGAGGCGGCGAGCGUCCGCGCGCGCUAA